UUUAACCUUCACCUUUCCCCAAAAGCAAAAAUCAUGAUUUUUGGAUACUUGAUUUUUCUUUACUUUUGAACAAAAUUAAAAGAUGAAUUUCAUUGGACCAUGGGCUUUGAGCUCUUGACGAAAGCCCAUGAUUGGACAUGGUUCACUAAAAUUAACACUUUCAAUAAUAUGUGUAAUUGAAACCUAGUGACAAUAACAACAACAAUGCUACAACAAUUACAACAUUGCAAGGUUUCAGUUUUAUUUCUGAACUUAUACUUCUUGGAAGAGGGAGAAAAUUGUUUAUUUUCUCUAAACAAAAUGGAUCCUAUUUUUUACAUCCAUAAAACAGGGAAAGGGUUUGAAAUAAUAAAAAGAUCUUCCCAGAUUAUUAUAAUUAUUGAACUUUAUCUGUAUAUUUUUCAUCCAAAUUGAAUUGUCCUGCAAAGGCUCCAACUCUCUGGGAAAUGUCUUGGGAGAGAGUAUCAUAUAGCACAGGAUUAAUGGGCAGACACCUUAUUAGAUUCAGCAAAUUAGAAAGGCAGCCACCAAUCAUGUCAGCCCAAUUAGUAUGUCACUUUUCUAUAAAUAUUCACAACUUUAAGCAAGCACUGCUUCUUGAGGAUAACUUAGGUGAAUUCGCUCAAACGAAAGUGAGUGUUUGAGAAUUAGAAAAUAUAAUUUUAUUGAAGAUAAUUUGAGGUUUCGUGGAUGAAUGUUCUUAUACUGAUAUAAAGACAGAAAUCAAAACUUUGAAGAACAGUAAUAAGAAAGUUAAAAGACACUUCGACAUAGCAAGAACAAUUAGGAUUUACAAUAGAAUUUAAAGUAAGAAAAGAUUUUAGUUUGUUCUCAUUCUAGAGAGAUAAUCUAGGGACAAAGCUACAAACUAGUUUAUUUAGCAAAGAAGAAUAUGAAAACAAAUAAUUGAGCACUAAAUUUAAAAUAUUUUGAGCUCCGAUAUUGCUUCUGACGAGUUUCUAAGUGACAAUGUUGAUCAGCCCAGCUGGGUUUCAAGGAGUGAAUGGGACAAUGGGUACUUAUUGGCCCUUAGGAAGCCUUGAUGGAAUCAAAUAUGGACCUUAUAUAGCCCCUGUUGGAUCCUACCCCCAUGAUUUACGUCUUCUCCCGCUGACACUCCCUGGCCUACCCCGAGGGCCAACCACAGAGAGGGUGGAAGCUACCCCUAGCCCCCCACACACGCAGCAUCUCCCGGCAACUCAUGAACAGGAAGAUGCUCAAAAAAAUAAAGAUUUGAAAUUCGGAAUUGCAAAUAUUUUGUCUGAUAAAAUAGGAACUUCAAAAAAGGAAGAAUUGGUCAAACAUGCAUUUGUCCCAGUUUCUUCAAAACACACAGGUGCACUGAUAGCACAUAGUGGCUCAAUCCAAUCUCAUGGCACAAUCCCCACAGAUGCUGGCACAACCAAUGUUCAGACCCACCUAGGUCACCUUGAUGGUCCAUUACAAAGUCAGAAUCCUGAAGUAUUUGGACAGAAUGGAACUAUAAGAAUGUCGUGUUGUUCUAGCAGUCAGCCUGCACCCCCACAUGUUGUGUCACACCUAUCCUACAGUAUAGCCCAUCUGCCAUACAGUACUAGCCAGACCGUAUGCAACUUGCCUGAUAUUGACAGGUUACCAGGUCCGUACAGUAUAUUGAAUACAGAACAAAAUGGGCACCCCCACAGUAAAAGAAAAAGAUCGUGGUCGCGAGCUGUGUUUUCCAACCUCCAACGUAAAGGCCUGGAAAGAAGAUUUGACAUUCAAAAAUAUGUGGCUAAGCCUGAUAGGAGGCAACUGGCUGCAAUGCUGGGCUUGACAGAUGCACAGGUAAAAGUUUGGUUUCAAAACAGAAGAAUGAAAUGGAGACGAGAAAAGGAUGUCGAGAAACAGAAAGAAUUAUUGGACAAUGUAAAUAAUGUAAACAAUACAGCUAUGAACAAUACAGCUAUAAACAAGACAGCUAUGAACAAUACAGCUAUAAACAAGACAGCUAUUGGUAACAUAGAUAUAAGUGACACAGUGGAGGAAAUUGAUAAUACACAAGUUGAAAUGACAGUCUCAAAUAAAAACUAA